ACAAGCAUGAGCAAGACCUGUGGCCAACCUUCGAUGUAAAUCUUAUCUGCAUGUGGGCGACUGGUCUGAACAUUUGAGGGAAAAUUCCAAAAAGCAGGAAGAUCGGUUUUUUUUCCCCCCGUGUUUGUCUGUCCGCUCUUCUGAUGCCCCCAAACGUUUCUCGCCAGGGGGUGUACUAGCAUUAGCAUUAGCCCCCGCCCUGCACUACAAUGGCAACGGCACCAGAGGCACCAACAGGAGCAGCAGGUGCCCCGGUGUCUAAACCCAGUCAGAUGUUUAAGAGCUGCUGGAGCUGUCGGCUCAUCUCCGGUGGUGGUCUGAUCCUGUCCGGCGCCUAUGUGUUCAUGGCGGCCCGGAAGGUGAUGCGACAAGGCGGACCUACCUCCAUGGGCACAGUGGCACAGAUUACAUUCGCUGCAAGUUUGGCCGCGUGGGGAAUCGUUGUCAUCGCCGACCCGGUGGGAAAAGCGCAGAAGAAGACGUGAGGACUGUUGAUUCAGUAGAUGUGAUGAAGUAGUUCAAGAGCUGAGGGGAGGAACAUUCACCCGACGAUCAUGACAGCAGGCCAAAGGCGCUGCUCCCGAAGAACAGCAGAAAAAGUGUGUUAGUCUCAUGCACAACCAUGAGUCCAUUUUUGUUGCCAUUGUGUGUGUGGAAGGACAGUAAGCUAUUGACUGCUUCAAUUAAAACGGAGAGAUCCUAAAUGUGACUAAAGAUGCUAUUUUAAA